UAAGGUUUUAUAUAGUCGGGGGUAAGUCGCUGGAAGUUAGUCUAAACCGAACUGCCGCAGUGAACAUUGACGGCACUAGUACACCAUUCAAAAAUGCUGACGAAACUUCUGUGCCUGGGUCUGGUGGCCUAUGCGUCCGCGGCUGUUAAGCUACAGGAGGUGUUUUCUUGGAAUGCGAUGGAUUGGAAUUACCCUAAUGAACUUCAGAGACAAGAAGCUAUUUUAUCGGGUGCUUUGAUACGAGAGAACGCCCUUCCAGUGGGUAUUGAGCGAUGGAGGAAUAAGUUAUUCGUCAGUGUACCACGUUGGCGACCUGGCAUUCCUGCAACUUUGAACUACAUACCACUCGACGCACCUCAUGAAGCUUCGCCUAGGCUAACACCUUACCCCAGUUUCGAAGAGAACGAAGUAGGCAAUUGUGACACCGGCCUCACCACAGUUUACCGAGUUAAAGCCGAUAGAUGCGACCGACUCUGGGUAUUAGACGUCGGAACUUAUGGAUAUGAUCCUAAUGUGACCAACGCGUGUCCCUACUCACUGAACGUCUACGAUCUCCAUACGAAUACCCGCAUUAGGAAAUAUGUUUUCCGUCCAGAGGACAUCGUCGCUUCGACUUUUAUCGCUAACAUCGCUCUCGACGAAGGAGCAACUUGUGAAGAUACCUUCGCGUAUUUCUCUGAUGAGUUAGGAUACGGCCUCAUUGUUUAUUCUUGGGAACAGAACAAAUCCUGGAGAUUUAGCCACAGCUACUUUAUGCCUGACCCAUUGGUUGGUGAUUUCAACAUAGCUGGUCUUAAUUUCCAAUGGGGCGCGGAGGGUAUCUUCGGUAUCACCGCUUCACCUCCUGGGGCAGACGGUUAUAGAACCCUUUACUUCAGCCCGUUGUCGAGUCAUACAGAGUUUUCUGUCUCAACCCGUAUUCUUAGAGAUGAAUCUAUGGUAAAAGCAGCAUCGUUCCAUGAUUUCAAAGUGGUAGGAAACAGGGGACCAAAUGGGCAUACCACUUCUAAGGUAAUGGACGACACGGGUGUGCAAUUAUACAAUUUGAUCGAUCAAAAUGCUAUUGGUUGCUGGAGCUCGUCCUUACCUUUGAAACCAGAGAAUACUGCCAUAGCAGAUAAAGAUGAUGUAGGUCUCGUCUUCCCCUGUGAUGUUAAAAUAGACGACGACAAAAACGUUUGGGUGCUUUCUGAUCGUAUGCCGGUAUUUUUGGAAUCUGAAUUGGACUACAGUGAUAUUAAUUUCAAAAUCUUUACCUCCCCCCUUCGUAACAUGAUUGAAGGUACUGUAUGUGAACCACCUUCGUUUACUAUUUCCACACCUCUACCUACGCCAACACUAGCUCCAUCUCUUCCGCAAACUCCGUUAUACGGCCUCUCAUUGAAUUAUCAUUCCCACCGACCGUACUACCCUUCGUAUUCUUUAAGUGGUCAACGUAUUAGAUCUUUUAGCCCAACAGAACAUGAAUCAUUCGACGAUAAACGUUUUGCUGAUUUACCUCGUGCGACGUACCCGCUCACUGCUACCACACCGAACACAAAUGAUCCAUUCACCUUUGACAGAUCGCCAUGGUGGAUCAGAUCUACUGCCCAAGGACGCGUUCACGGUCGUCAAUAUUAAAACAUUACAUAGCAUAAUUGUAUGGUAAUAUAUUGAAAAAUAUAAUUUUACACAUGCAUGUAACUUUUUACAUUUAGUACAUACGCUAUGAAGUUAAUUAGUACUAAACUUUAUUAGGAAACGUAUACUAUUAAUAUGUAGUGUUAUUAUUUUUUCUAUGGUAGUUUAUUAUUCCUUUUUGACAUGUCGAUAUUUUUCUUGUGUAUAUGAGGACGUGUAAACGUUAUGUAUAAGUGUGAACGUGUAUGAAUGAAAGAGUUGGAUGUGAGCGUAGAUGAUUUGGGAAAAUGUGUGUGUUUAUUAGCAAAUGUAUGCGUGUUUGUGUGUGUGGUUAAAUUUUCAUUUAUAAAUGUAAUUGCGUGUGAUCUUUAAUGCGAGCAUAUGUUUUGUAAAAACUUUUAAUGGUUGUAUUUUUUAUUUUCAUGACCGUUUUGAUACAUUUUAAAAAUACGUAUACUAAAACAUAAUAAUUAUUUGCCUAUUUACGAUUCUAUUAAACAUACGAAUACUUGUAAGAAUUAAUUGUUGUUAAUUUUUGUUAUACUUUUUUUCUUUUCUAAUAAAACUGUUCAAAUAA